CGCCGGGGUUGCCAUGGAGACCGCGGCCGGGCCGGUCUCUAUGGCGACGGCAGAGGCCUGGCCGCCGGGCGGGCGGCGCCGCCGGGAGCCGUGGAGGCACGCGCUGCUCGUCGUGAUCGGGGAGAUCGGGACGGAGCCGGAGCGGGAGGCGCUGCGCGUCGCCUUGGAGCGCGGAAUUCGUUCCUGGAACAUCAACACUCUGUCCUGUGACCUGAAUCAGCAACUGCGACUCUUUGUAACACGGCACCUGGCUCAGUUUUCUUCAGAAGUCAAAGGCCAAAGAACCCUCCAUCACCGGAGUGAUACCCUGGAGACAGUGAUCCUGGUAAAUCCCAAUGUGGACAGCAUCGUGUCUGAGGUCCGCUCGCUGGUGUGUGAUUCAUCAGCCCAUAAACUACUGAUCUUCUGUGGUCAGAGCUCAGACCAGGAAGGAGACUUGAUCCUGCAGACAGGGACCUUCACUUACCAGAAGUUUGCUGAGAUACUUUCAGACCCAGAGGUCACCCAGAUUCUUAGCAACACUGAUUCAGAUAUCAAGGCCUCCCUUACUGUGUCGUGCUUGGGAGAAGGAGACUGGAGCAACCUUGGGCAUCCUCGAUUUCAGGAAAUUAUUAAUCUGAAACUGAAUCCUGAUCCAGUUCUUCCAGAAAUGGAUGGGGUGUCUGAGUUUGCAGAAUAUGUCUCUGAGACAGUUGAUGUGCCGUCUCCAUUUGAUCUCCUGGAGCCACCCACCUCAGGGGGCUUUUUGAAGCUUUCUAAACCCUGCUGCUACAUAUUCCCUGGGGGAAGAGGUGAUUCUGCUCUCUUUGCUGUCAAUGGAUUUAACAUCCUUGUGGAUGGUGGCUCUGACAGGAAAUCUUGCUUCUGGAAGCUGGUAAGGCACCUGGAUAGGAUUGACUCAAUUCUGCUCACCCACAUUGGUGCAGACAACCUACCUGGCAUCAAUGGGCUGCUGCAGAGGAAAGUUGCUGAGCAAGAGGAGGAACAAUCCCAGGGAUCUACCAACUACAGUGACUGGAUGAAGAACCUAAUUUCUCCUGAGCUAGGGGUGGUUUUUUUUAAUGUUCCUGAAAAACUGAAGAUGCCUGAAUCAUCCAUGAAGGUAAAGAGGAGCAUCGAAGAAGCUUGUCUGACACUGCAGUAUCUCAACAGACUGGGCAUUAAGUCAGAGCCCCUCUACAGGGUGGUGAGCAGUACCAUUGAACCUAUCACACUUUUCCACAAAAUGGGAGUGGGUAAGCUGGACAUGUAUGUACUGAAUCCUGUCAAGGAUAGUAAAGAAAUGCAGUUUCUAAUGCAGAAAUGGGCUGGUAAUAGUAAAGCAAAGACUGGCAUAAUUCUCGCAAGUGGGAAAGAAGGUGAAAUUUCUGUUCCCUAUCUCACAUCCAUCACAGCCCUAGUGGUGUGGCUUCCAGCUAGCCCGACAGAGAAAAUUGUAAGGGUUUUAUUUCCUGGAAAUGCUCCUCAAAAUAAGAUACUGGAAGGUCUUGAGAAACUCAAGCACCUGGAUUUUCUGAGGUACCCUGUGGCUACACAGAAAGAUAUCAGUUCUGGAAUACCUCCACCUGUGCUGAAGCAGACCAAAAUUAAACAAAGAACUGACAGUAAAGAAAGUCUUAAAUCUUCCCCCAAGCCAUCUGUGACAAAGCAAGCUAAGAAAGAAGAAGCAGUUGAGGAAGGGAUUAAGGAGGUAAAACCAGAAGUCAUAAAGGAUGCUAAAAUUGAUAAAAAGGUUAAAGAACACUCAGAGAAAAUUCCUGAGAAACCUGUUAAACAUGAAAAGAUAAAGACAGAAACAAGUGAUACUCUCAAAGCCGAGAAAAGAAAAUUGGCAAAAGACAAGGUUGGAAAAAAGCAUCUCAAAGAGAAAGUAUCCAAACUGGAGGAGAAGAAAGACAAAGAGAAGAAAGAUAUUAAGAAGGAGAAAAAGGAUUUAAAAAAAGAUGAUGGAAAGAAAGAGGAAAAAAAAGAUUCAAAGAAAGAGGAUAAAAAGAAAGAAACCAAGCCAGAGCCCAAAAAAAUUUCUAAACCAGACUUAAAACCAUUUACCCCAGAAGUAAGAAAAACAUUAUACAAGGCAAAAGUUCCAGGCAGAAUCAAAACUGAGAAGAACAAAGUCAAAGCGGAAAAGGAAGUACCUGCUGACCUGAAGAUGUCAGCAAUUGAGAAGGCACCUGUACAGGUGGAGCCAGGAGAGACUUCCACAGCUGAACAGAGGUUAGUCCUGUCUUCACCAGAAGAUCUUACAAAGGACUUUGAGGAACUCAAGCACGAGGAGAAAGGGGCCUUGCGGGUGACUCAAGAAAUGUCUGAUAUUGAGGCUAGUGAUAAGAUUAUGAGAGUACCUGAAACAGAGAUAAACCACUCUGCUGACAUGAUCGCUCAGAGUCGCCUUGAAGUGGAUCUGAAUUUGAAAACAAACAUUCCUGGUCAGGGAAUAACUACUACUGAUACAGAAAAAGAAUCACCAGCAAAGGAAAAGGUAGUCCAUCAGCUAGAACUGAGAGUAGGUCAUGCUGAAAAAAUAGAGGAUGAAAGAAUAGAUGAAAAUCGUGACAUAAGAUACUGUGAGGGAGAAGCUGAGCAGGACGAGGAAGUUCAGCUGUUUCCAGGCAAAGAACAGGUACCAUCACAGAUAGACCUCUUAGCAAAGGGUGGUUGGUCAUCAGCAUUCAGAGAGGAAGAAAAGGAGGAAGAGGAGAAAAUCUCUUUGGACAGAAAGCAGAGGGAAGCAGAAACAAAGACUUGUGAAAAAUAUAUUGAGGAGACAGAGGCACAGGAAGAGGGUGAGAAGGAAAAGAGAGAAGAUGUGAUAGAAAAGGCGGAACUGGAAGAAAAGGAAGAACAGCACAUGAAGGCAGAGGAGAAGGUGGAAAAGAAUAGAGACUUCUAUGAGCUGAAUCAGGAUGAGAGGGAGGACAAAAUAUUUACCACUACAGAAAAGGAAAAAGAAUUUAGUGACAUGGGUGAGAAAAACAAGUUACUUGGAAAGGACAUAACAAAGGAAGAGUCAUAUCUGAGCAGUCUGCCAGUCCCAGCAGGAGCAACGGCAGAACACGUUUCAUAUAUCCAAGAUGAAACUAUCCCAGGCUACUCAGAAACAGAGCAGACCAUUUCUGAUGAAGAAAUACAUGAUGAACAGGAAGAGAGGAUCCCACACUUGAAAUACGAUGUCAAUGCCUAUGACAUUUCUGUUCCUGACCACCCAGGCUCUUUUGAAGCAAUACAUGGAAUACAGGCCAUGCCUACUGCUGACCUUUCAGCCAAGGGCUACGCUGGCCAGGAGUCUGAAAUUCUGGCAUAUCCUACAAACAUUGUGGCAGCACCUCUAGCUGAGGAGGAACAUAUAUCCUCUGCUACCUCCAUCACAGAAUGUGAUAAGCUUUCAUCUUUUGCAACAUCAGUAGCAGAAGAUCAGUCUGUUGCAUCUAUAACAGCACCACAAACAGAAGAGACUGGGAAAAGCUCUUUACUUCUAGACACAGUAAACAGCAUGCCCUCCUCUCGGACUGAAGCAACCCAAGGUCUCGACUAUGUUCCGUCCGCUGGCACAAUCUCUCCCACAUCAUCCUUGGAGGAAGACAAAUGCUUUAAAUCUCCACCCCCUGAAGAUUUCCAUGUGCUAGCAGAAGGAGAGAGAAAACUGGAAGCUCAAAAAAAGGAGCUUCAUGAAGAGGCAGAAGAUGAAGAGGAAGAAGAAGAUGGGACUCCAAAUAUUGAAAUGCCUGAGAAACUCAGAGGGCAUUACCAUGCCCCCAUGUUUGCUCAUCAAGGAUGUCCUGAUAAUGUGUUAAUCAGUGUUCCCACGGAAGUGAUGCAAACUUCUGGUCUGCCAUUAUCCACUGAAGAAACACCAUUUUCCCAGGUUGACUCUGCAGAGGCUGAAGAACGAUGCAUGAGUCCUGACGAUAGUACAGUCAAAAUGGCCUCUCCCACCCCAUCUGGCCCCACUAGUGCAGGACACACACCUUUCCACCAGUCUCCAGUGGAGGAAAAGCUAGAAACGGUAGAUUCAGAUCUGUUUGAAAAACAAACAGAUACUGCUGCCAAGAAAUUGGAAGGCCAAACUUUGGCUGUGGUGAAGGGAGCCAAGGGUGAGCCUGUCAGAGAAGAUGAGGUAUCUGCAGCUAAAUACAGACAUGAAGAAGAAGUGCCUGGACCUGUACAGCACAAGCUGGACUUGGGCAGUGACAUUCCAGUGUCUCCUGGGGAGGAUGUGCAGGAAGAACCGUUGGGGAAGGAGGAGCUGCCCUGGCUCUCCUACCACAAGCAGGACACAGUGGUGAUAGGGGAGGAGGAGGAAGAGCGUCCUGUGCUGCCCCACCCUGGCACAGAUGUGUUUAUGGAGCCAGAAAAAGAGCAAGGAACUGAAACCAUAACAGAAAGUUUAAUGGGAUUUUCAACACACUUGUCCUUUGAGACAUUCUCUACCACAGAAUCUUCUCUAGGUGUGGAUCAUCCACAGUUCACAAGCCAAAGCAAAUCUGAAAGUGACAAAUCUUCACAGUUUUCACCAGAUGACACCAAAUCACUUUCUUUUACAGAAGAAAGUAUUGGUAAAGAAAAAGCCUCAGAUAUUGCUGUUAAGGGAGUGACUGCUGAAGAAGGAAAACUGCUGUAUUUCACAGGGGACACCUCAGAAGAAGAAAAAUCUUCUCAUGUUUCCAUUAAAGACAUUUCUCCAGAAGAGACCAAAUCCAUUUCUCUCUCAGAGAGUCCCAGCAAGGAAAUCUCUUCAGAGCUUUUUGUUAAAGGAACUUCUCCAGAAGACAUCAAAUCUCUCAGUUUCGCAGAAGAGGUACCUGCAAAAGAAAAAACUAUGUCUGACUUUACUGACAAAUUCCCUUCAGAAGCUGUGAAAUCCAUGGAUUUCACAGAGCAGAGCCCAGCUAUGUAUGAAAAAUCACUAACAAUUUCUGCCAAAGAACUCACAAAAGAAGUGUCAAAAUCUUUUCCUUGCCCAGAAGGUAGCUCAGUUAAAGACAUGUCACCCAGAGAUACUUCUACUGAAGAAAUGUCUCCAGAUGACAGCAGUUUUUCUGCAGCAGAACAGGGCCCAUUUAGGGGAAGAACUGCAGGCUUGGACUCUCAGGAAGUAUCUCCAGAUGCGAAGGGCUUACACCUUACAGAAUCUAGCCCAACUGAGGAUAAAACAUCUUCACACACUUCUGCUGAAGGUAUCAAAUCUUGCAGGUUCAAGGAAGCUCAAGAAGAAAAAUCUCCAGAAAUGGAAGACUUUUACACAAAAGAUCUAAGUUAUGAGAAGAAAGUGUGGUUUCCAGAAGAGGUGGAGGAGAUCCCUGCUCAGGGAAGGCAGCAGAGAUACGAUAAGGAGAGAGAGAGCACGCUCUUGGAUGAGGUACCAGAAUAUGAAACAAAAUCUCUUCCUAAAAUGGGAGAGGAGGAGAUCCUGUCUCCUGCAGUGCCUGGCAGUCGCACCUGGAGAACAGCAGAAAGUGAAGCAUGGGGCUCUGCAUUUGAGUAUCUUCAGGAAGGCAGAGAGACUGGAAGAAGAGGGCAGUUAUCCAGUGAGGAAGAUGAGGAUCUCCAUCACGCUGAAGCCAAACCUGUGCUACUGCAAGCAGAAGCAGAAUGUUUGAAGAUGGAAUCAUAUGAUUACAAAGAAGACACGCAGAAGAGUGCCAAACCUACACCAGAAACAGAGGUGGAAAUAGUUCCUGCUGACAUCACUCUCCCAGAAAGAACACAAAUGGGAAGUUCUCCUCUGUCUUCUCAGUAUGCCUCUAGUGAUGAAAAUCAGGCCAGAGCCUUAACUGGAGACAAAGAAAGGCAAGAAAUGUUGACAUCUAAACAAGAUUACUCCUACUUAGAUGAUGAUGAGAAAGCUGUCCUAGAUAUCUACGCAAAGUCACUAGACCAAGCACUGAUGGCAUCUUCUCUGUCUGUAACGGCUACCAACCUGGAAAAGGAGAUUGACACAACACCAGACACAGAAAGGCCUCACAAGUUAGAUCAGUGCAAGCCACCUUUACAGGAGGAAGUCCCACUGAGGGACACAGAGAAGAAAUCAGACGUCAGUGGUCUGUAUCAGGAAAUAGACUAUAAAUACAAGUCAGACAGAAAGCGAGAGGAUGACUGCAAAUCCACUGAGGGUCUUUAUGACUCUACAGGAAGAAAAGAACAGAUAGCAGCAGCACCUACUCUGUUGCAGUCUACAAGACCAGCAGAAUAUGAAUAUAUAGCAGCGUCCCCAGAAGAAAGUGCUGCAAUAUCAGGUGCACACUCCCCUCUAGGACAAGGCCCUUGUCAAAAAAGCAGUGCUGCCAUGGGCCAUGCUGAGGCUGUGGGUUCUGCUAGCCGAGUGGCAUAUCCUCCAGAGACCCAUUCCAGGAGCUCCCCUGAGCCUUAUUCCUAUGAGGAAGGGGUCUGCGGACCCAGAGGUGAUGACAGUUCUACAAGACAAGAGGAAGAAGAAAGAGAACCAACUCCCUACCCUGAUGAAAGAAGUUUCAAGUAUGCCGACAUCUAUGAGAAGAUAAUUGUGUCUGGAGUUGGACCGUCCCCCUUCACAACCAAGGGUGCAGACAGCCCAGGUCACACUGACAAGGUGCCAGCAACAGCACUGACCUCUCAAAAAGGUCCGAGUUCUCACGUCUCUGCCAAGGAAGAAGAGUCCUGCCUUUAUACAUCUGCUGAGAAGGAGUUGUCAUCUCCAGCAUCCCCUAAAGAUAAAGUAGAUUCAGCCUUUGACUAUACAGACAUCCAUGAAAGAUAUUUGCCCUUGUCUGAAACAGAUAAGCCUAGGGUAUCUGAAGGACUGGAAAAACUGAAGGUGUCUUCUGCUUCUCCAGAAGAACUGGGCUCCGAACUGCACCCAUCAUCUGCAAGCACAGCAUUUGCCUCUCCCACAGGCAUGACUGACACAUUCUAUCAGGAAAAAUCAGCUGCCUAUAUUGAUGCUGCUUGUCCAGAUGAGAACAUAAUUUUGUCUAGCCAGGAGCAGAUAUCUCUGUCCCUGAAAUCUGAAAGCCCAAAUCCCAAAGAUACAUACUAUGAGAAAGCAGGUCAAGGGGAAGAAAGCAUAAGUGACUCAGAGUUAGAAAAAGGUGCUAAGGAGAAAUCUGAAAAGGAGUCUAAACUGCACUGCCCUGUUGAAGCUGCAGGCACAGUCUAUGCACACAUCUCAGAAACAGACACAUUUCACGUACCAGAACCUCUUCCACAAAGCAAGUGUCAGGAGUCUAUUUCACCCAGUUCUACUGCCUCAUCACCCUCUGAUCCAGGGUGGAAAGAGGAAUAUGGAAGCAGGAAAACUGCAUCAGCCACUGUCGUGGGGACAUACACUGCUGGUUACAGUGAGCUGCCGGACAUGGGCAGAGAUGAGCAGGCUUCAGAAAUGUGCCAUUUAACACAAGAUUCUUCACACACAAGAGAGGUUGCUGAAAAAUCCACAAAGGAAUCACAUUUCUGUGUAACAGAUUAUCCAAGUGCAGCGGUGGUCUCAGAGAGCCAAGAGCAAGCCAUAUACUUGAAAUCUGCUUCUGGGAAACAGGAAGAGGCAAACAAAAAGGGCCCGACAGUAGAGGGCAGAGUGAUGGAUAGCUCUUUUGGAUUUGAAUGCUCCCUGGUAGGAAAGAGUGAAACAUCCAGUAUGUUCAAACAUGAGCAAACAUCAGCAAGCCAUUUAGGGGAUAUCUCUCUUCCUUUAAGGGUUUCUUGUGCUUUGCCCUCAGACCAGGGGAAGAAAGAUGAGUACUUGGAGGUUUCUGAGAAAAUCAGCAGCCUUGACUCAUCUUUUGCUAAGUUCACACCUCUCAGUCUGUACGAAGAAGAUAAGUUGUUCUCCAAAGCUGUGGAAAGAGAGUCUGUGCCCCAACAGCAGCUGAAAGAUGACUCUUCCAGCCUGUCAGAGGAGCCUUCAUCUGAAGCUACUACUCCUGUGAUACCGACUACAGCAGAAAGUUUCUACUCCCAUAUGCUUUCCACGUACACGGGUGCAGGAGCGGAACCACGUACCAGAAGUCUUUGGGAUGUGUCUCCACAGAUUCCAGAUAAUGCUGCGAAAACACAGGCAGCUGAAACCAAAGACUCGCUGUUUGCUGAAGAACGUGGUUCUCCGUUCACAAGUGGCAUGGAUGACAGCAUUUCACCAUGCAGAAAGGAGUGCCAGAGUUCACAGGCCACACCGUUCUCUGCAGAGAAACAACGGCAACCCUGUGUAAGCAGUCCAGAGCAGAAGGCACCAUUUGCAGAACAGCUGAUGACACUGACAUCUCUCCCUGAUGUGUUGACAUCAUUUCCUCGUCAUCAGCAUGAAGAUGAAACCACAGCCAAUGGUCCAACAGAGGUGAGCACCAGUCUGCAAGCUUUCCAAAGUACAUACCAUGCAGCAGAAGCAAAAGAUCAAAAAACAUGUCCUGAUUCUGACAGCAGUUUUUCUCCAUGCGCAGGCAAAGAGGACACAGAGAGGCAGAGCCGUCCUUCCUCUCUGAUGUCCCCUGAACACAGUUUCCAGCCCUUUUUCCCAGAUGUGCAGAGGAGUGGAAAAACAGAGGACCAUGGAGAUGCUUCCCAUGAGAUGGAGCCACAUUUAGGAGGCAGUUUUGAUUGUGGACAGAAGUUUUCCUCAUGUGAAUACAAGCACAGGAAGGGAGAGCUCUCUCCCUCAUUCAUCAACCCAAGCCCUCAUGAGCUCUCUGAAGAUAGUGACCUCUCACAGGAGGACGGUCAUCCUUCAGUGCAAGGAAGACCACCUCACACUGGCAGUAGCCCCAUGCAAAGUGCCACAGUGGAGGAAACCCCUCCAACGUCAGUGAGUGAUUCUGGAACCUCCCAGUCAGACUCGGAUGUCCCACCUGAGACAGAAGAAUGUCCGUCCAUCACAGCAGAUGCCAACAUGGACUCGGAUGAAGAUGCCGAUUUCCUCCCAGUGGACAAAGCUGUUGGGAGUGCUCAUCAUGCCAGUUCUAGGUCCAGCCAUGAUCCUCAGCCUGUUCCAAUGGUAGAUCCCCAUCCCCAUCCUCCUCACCCUGAUGUCUGCAUGGUAGACCCUGAUAUGUUGGUAAAUGAGCAAAGCAUGAGCAGAACUGAUAAAAUUUCCAAGAAAGACAUAAAAGAAAAGAACAAAGGUGUGAGGAAGCCUUUGAGCAAACCCAAAUCUUCCUCACCUGCCCGGAAAUUAGAUGUGAAAGGGAAACGAUCACCCACUCCUGUGAAACAGCCAUCGGACAAAUCUCCAAAAUCUGCCACUGCCAAAAAAGAAAAAGAUGGAGGAGAGAAGCCCAAACCACGUAGUGCGCUGGUGCAGCCUCCUCACACAGAGGAGGAGAUAUCCCGGAGUAGUCACAGCAACCCCGGCAAGAACCUUGUUAAUGGCAUCAAAACAAACCCCGCUUCCAAUAGUCCUAAGAGCAGUUUGCCUGUGCCCAUGGGUCCACCCGUCUACGUGGACUUGGCAUACAUCCCCAACCAUUGCAGUGGAAAGAACACAGAUCCGGAGUUCUUCAAGCGGGUUCGAGCAUCGUACUAUGUUGUGAGUGGGAAUGAUGCAGCCAAUGGUGAACCAAGCCGCGCGGUGUUGGAUGCACUCCUGGAAGGGAAGUCUCAGUGGGGGGAGAACCUGCAGGUGACAUUGAUCCCAACGCAUGAUACUGAGGUGACACGAGAAUGGUACCAACAGACCCAUGAGAAACAGCAGGAGCUAAACAUCAUGGUACUGGCAAGCAGCAGCACUGUUGUCAUGCAGGAUGAAUCUUUUCCAGCCUGUAAGAUCGAAUUCUAAAUCUCCCACACUUUGGUUUCAUCCAUUGACUCUCCAAUCACCGAUGCAACAUCAGAGACACCAUCUAAUCACAGUCCAGUUCUUCUCUGGUUUAGUCCUCUACAUGGUUCCCAUUUGUCAGGCAAUCGGGUAUCCAUCUAGCUCAGCACUGGAUGCCAUGAGAAAGAAGUGCAGGGCUCUGUAAUAUUCUGGACUAAGCUAAGAGUUUGUGCAAGAGCAGUUGCAGGUCAGGGGCACUUUCACUUUCCCUGCUUUAUUCUGCUGCCUGUACAGUUUCUGUAGACUAUCUUGGCUGCCUUGCUGCUGUGAGAGCUUGUUCUACUCUCUUCCUGGCUGCCUUGCCGUUUAACUUGUAGCACCAUGAACCUCGUCUUUCUGGUGAGGGCUGAAGUGCUGCUGCUGCAUGUAGACAGUGCAUGGGGGGGCAGAGAAGAAAACUCAUUUGCGAAGAAAAUGCACCUAGGAGAUGAGGGAAGGCGAAACCCUCCAGCUGUAACAUGACAGUGAACGUCAUUCUUCCGUCUCCCAUCCUGAACAUACAGGUGGUGUUCUGAGCGAGGGGACCUGUACUCCAACUAGGCAGGACCACCAUUUGCCAGUUGUGCAGGUUUCUGUCCCAAGUAUUUGGUUGUGGCAUCCUGCAACUCCUGCUCAAGGAGCUGGGAUGAAGGACACGUGUUGUUUGGGGUGGGGGGCAGCACUGGGAGGGGAGGGUUCAGCCUGUUGCUCUUUGCUACAAAGAGCACGUUCCUAACAUGCUAACCUGAGCUUUGCACAGAGUGGCCAAUUUACUCCCGCACAUCAGCAGUGUGGCAGUAGGCGGCACAGAGGGGCUAUUGCCUGAACAGUCACACAAAAGGAGUAUCCAAACGCACAACUACAGCCCCCUCUAAAGCAGAAGGGCUGAAACAACCCUGGCCACUGUUGGCCUGAGAUGUACGAGAAACCUCCCUGUCCUUGUGAACCAAAGGCUUUCCUGAGGAUUGUGGUGAGGCAGCUGAGGAACCCGCCUGCCGUACUGAGGGAGGUUAGCAUCUGGCCAGUGUAGCUGACAUGCCAGCUCUGCAAGCGGCAGCAGUUUCCUCACUGCCUGCAUGCCAGCGGUCCAAGCCUCUUAGCUGCGUUCAAGCUUUUUGUGGUCCCCCUAAGUGUCCAGGAUGCAGGGAAUAGAACCUGCGGUGUGAGGAAAGAGAACCCCCUUCCAAAAACACUCGGGGAAAGUAGUUUCGUAUGUAAUUGCUCUUAGUUCCUCCACAUCUAUGGCAGGGACAUGGAGACUCUGUUGCCAGCAUAGAUGAGGUGCUGUCAAACCUGUGCUGUGCACACCUUGCAGCUCGCAGCCCAUUGCUAGGACACCUGUUGUGGGAGUAUGUCCUUGCCCUCUGGCCAUCCUGGCAGAAGUGUAGCUUUAUGCCAUGAGCGUGUCAUUGCUCCUGACCAGUCACCCAGAGCCUCCUUGGCACGCCAACCCUUUCCAGCCGUGGGGCUCCCAGCCCCUGCAGGGAGAGCAGCUCCAGAGGGGUUCACACUCAGGGGUGCUGAGCCUGCAGCACCGGUGAGCCUUUGCCACACCUGCGGGGGAGGGGCGGGGGCUUAUCCUAACGAUGGCUUUUAUCUUUCUGAAAGACAAAGAGAGUAGCAGUAGGUUGUGCUCUGGGGAAGGAGAGGCGAGCUAGAAAACAGUGCUGCAAGGCUUGCAUACAACUCAAAGGUAUUUCCUUCUGCUGUAUCAUCUACUGUGCUUGGCCCUGAGCUGAGGUCUGGCCUCACAACAAGCAUCCUAGGACCCUGUGUUGUACUUGCCUGGGACAUGUCAGUCUCAGUGCUGGUUUUCUGGCAGCUGCCAUAAAGAAAAUGCUGCUUAGAAACCUGCUCCUAGGACUAAAAUGGAGUUUCUAGGGGAAUGGUUUAUUUUGCAUUUAAUUUAUAUAUUUAUUUUUUUAUGUUAAGCUGCAUUUUGUGUGGAUUUAAUAUUUUAAUUUAUACAUGUUAACAUGACGUCAUGUGCUCUUAGUGUCAGUUCAGAGGUUUCUCAGUACAAAUACAUAGAUGCUGCAAUUUAAACAAAAAAAGGACAUUAAAAAGAACACCGAGAACUUGCUGGCAGGAAAAGGGGGGGGUGCCUCUGCUUGCAGCCUGCAAGGCUGUGUCUAAAACCCAGCAGCUGCAGGACAAAGCCUGAGGCUAGCAGCCCCUCUCGUAGGAGCAGCCAGCCCUUUUGACACAGCCCUUGUUAGGAGCAUGUGAGCUUACGCAGGGAUUUAGCAAAUCCCUGCUCUGUGCUGUAUUCAUUUUAACCAUGGACUCACAGUGUGUCUGCUAGAAGAAUGUCAUUCUCUGUAACCCGAUGGAGUCAGCAUCCAUGAAUGUUGUUUAUGGCAAGCAACUGUAGGCAGUAACACACCUACUCCUGCUUCCUCCCAGACACUGCUGGGGGGGCGACAUGCCUUCAGUGCUUUGGGAAGAUCCUGGCUCAACUGCGGAUGGCACUGGCUGCCAGCCAGUGCAGGCGCAGGAUGCCAGACACUAGAGGAGAAAAUGUGACCCUCACUGACUGGCUCCCUGGAUCCGUAAGCGUGGCUAGGUGCAAAAGCUAAUGCACUAACUUUAGAUAGACCCACACAUGAAUGUUUUCUCAAUUUUAAACUUGAAGCAAUUCUGACUAAGCAGCAGUAAGAGCGAGGCUUUCAAGGUGCCUGCAUCCUCCAGCCAGGAGUGCGGCCAUUGGCAUGUGUUCCAGUAAAAACACCUGCCCUCCGCGUGCUGUGCUCCUGCCCGCUGCAGUUAUGCUGCUUGGACAGCUUUAUCCUACACCGGUUCGCUUCCCUGUCCUCAAGGCUCCACUUGUUGUUUUUUUUUUAGUCUUUUGUGGCAGUCUCUUCUGCCUUCAGCUUCUUUCCCUUCCUCUCUGUCUUCCUCCCUCAUCUCCCCUCCCUCCCCCCUACUAUGGGGAAAAAGAGUUGUAAAAAUGCCAAUUUUUAAAAAAGCCUGACCCUGCUUAGCCUGCAGGAGCCAGCAGAACCCAUCCAGAGCCAGAGGUAACACAACACUAGAGAGAGAAACAGUUAAACUCUGCUUUUGCUUGUUUCUGCAUGUGGGCAACAACGCGUACUCUUCCUGUAUGUAAUAGGUACAAAAUACUAUUUUAAACCUAUAAUUAAAAAAAGUGAACGUCUUAACUGUAUUGAAAUGGCAACUUGUGCUCCUAGCUUCCUCUAUGCUAAAUGUUUUAAGAACAGAGCCCUGAUUCUUUUUUUCAGCAUCAUGUUUCUAUUUGAAUUUAGUUCCUUGAGUUCAGUCCUUUUGCCCAUUUCCAUGUGAAACACACUGUAACUAACUGCUGUCAAGAGAGGAGCCCUACACAUUAAUAAUAAAGCCACAUUAAUUGCGAACAAGAACA